AUGGAGAAAGAUCCUUUUGACUGGGUUGAUAUCGAGGACCACGAGGACGGGCGCAGGAUGAACAAACAGAACGAGGACGACAUUCUCAAAAGACUCGGAGAACUCGAGAAAGAGGUUGGCAGUCUAGGGCAAGAGCAAUCAGUCAAGCAAGAGGAUCCCUUCCUUGGCCAAAGACUGGCAGGCCUCGAGGUACAGGUCAGCUGCCUUGAUGCAGAGGUCUGCAGCCUAAGACAAGACCAAUUGUCGACUGAUCAAGAGAACAGCUCUCUUACACAAGAACUGGCAGACAUCAAGGGAGAGGUCAAUAAGGCAAGGCAAGGAAAUUCGACUAACCGAGAGGAUUUUUCCCUUACACAGGGACUGGCAGACAUCGCGGAAGAGAUCAGAAGCUUUAUCCAAAAACUGGCAGACUUUAAAGCAGAGCUUAGCAGACUAAGGUAA